AUGUCGCCAACACAAAUAACUUUUAUAUCUAUUUUAAAAAGAGGAAUAACUCCAAAGUCGUCUUUGAAACAAAUUAUUCAAUCUCGUUCAUUGACAACUACAAUCUUCAAUCGAGCCAUCUCUUUUAAAAACCCUCAAAUACUACACCAGAAACAACGUUUUAUUUAUCCAACAACAAAAUUUAUCUUUCAAAGAGUAGAUAGUUUCCAACAAAAGCAUUUAACUUCUACACUGACUUCUCCUCCACAAAAAGAGAAUCAAGAAAAGAAGCAGGAUCGAAUUUUAUAUAAUAAUUGGCUUGACUAUUUACCUGCUAAAUUGGCACCUUAUGCCUUCUUAACUCGUAUUGAUAAACCCAUUGGUACUUGGUUAUUAUUUUGGCCAUGUGCGUGGGGUAUUUCUAUGGCAGCUUAUAAAACAGGGGCAUCAUUUAUGGAUACAGCUAACAUGAUUGCCUUAUUUGGGGCGGGAGCCUUUAUUAUGAGAGGUGCUGGCUGUACAAUAAAUGACCUUUGGGAUAGAGAUAUCGAUAAUAAAGUGGAUCGUACUAAAAUUCGUCCAAUUACUUCAGGUGCAAUUUCACCUUCAAAAGCUAUUGGCUUCUUAGGACUUCAACUCACAGCAGGUCUCGCUAUUCUCACUCAACUUAAUACAUAUAGUAUCUUAUUGGGGGCUAGCUCUCUUUCUUUAGUUGUCAUUUAUCCUUUAAUGAAACGUAUCACAUAUUGGCCACAAUCUGUAUUGGGUCUUGCAUUUAAUUGGGGUAGUCUUUUGGGUUGGUCGGCUAUGACAGGUAGUCUAGAUUUAUCUGUUGCGGGACCACUCUAUGCAGGUGGUGUAUGUUGGACUUUAGUCUAUGAUACCAUCUAUGCACAUCAAGAUAAGAAGGAUGAUGUGAAAGCAGGUGUACGUUCAACUGCAUUAAGAUUUGGAGAUAAAACACCACAAUGGUUGACAGGAUUUUCGUCCGCCUUUGUUGGUUUAACUGCUCUUGCAGGCUAUAUGAAUGGUCAAGGGCUACCAUUUUAUGCUAUCAGUGUCUUGGGUACUGCAUGUCAUUUAGGCUGGAUGUUAAAGACAAUUGAUUAUCACAAUCCAGCCAGUUGUUGGUCAAAAUUUGUGAGUAACACUUGGACAGGGGCUAUUGUAUGGUCCGGUAUUGCAAUAGAUACUGCUUGUGCAUCUCUUUUAUAG